CUUGUACUGCUCUGUGUAAAUCUUGGGAAUUUAAUACGAAUACGAUUUCCUAUUUCACACUGGAACGUAGGGCUUAUAAUCUUUUAACUGCACGUUAUGUCACUUCAGAAGUAGCAUGUUCGUACGAUGCAGGAAAUUCAAGACACAUUGGUGUUCAAAAAGCAAUAGAAUCUAAAGCAAUUUUGUCUGUGUGUGGUGAAUUAUACAAAGGAAAUAAUAUGGUUCAAAUUUUGACCUCAGAAAUUGAAUGGAACCAUACUUACUCGACAAGUAAAGUAAUAGUUAAUAAAAAUAGCAACCAUUUGGAAGAACAAAAUCCUACCAAUGAAAAUGAAAAUAAAACCCAAAAUGCGAAUGAUGAUAACACUAAUUCCAAAUCUAAUAUAUUAAAAUCAGCUAUAAAAAAAACUAUGAAAAAAAAAUAA